CAGAAACAAGUCACACACUCUCUUUGUGAGUGAGUGUGUGUAUGCACCGUAGAAGAGAACAAAGCCAGCCAGCUGGUCCACAGUGUGCGGGGACCAGCCAAUAAAGUCCUUUGGAACAGACGGCAGCAACCUUUUGUCGAAGGAGAGGAGGUCAAAGCACCUAGACAUGUACUGGACAUGGUAACUAUUUCAAUCCGAACUGAACUGCAUACAUUCAUGGAUACAGCCAGCCAGCCAUGGCCGAUGCACACACAGCCCUCAACCACCGCUGGGCAAAGUUCAAGGAAGACAUUGGCGAACAUAACAUUCAUUCCAGGGUACCCCAAUGCCACGUCACGCCGCAUUUGAAUGCUGCAGAGGAGGAGAUUCCAGGAUACUCAAACCACGACCUAAGUUCCCUUGAGGUAUCUUAUGUCUGUUAUAUACCUAUAGGUAUGGUAUGCAGAUAUCUGAACGACUAGCUAGCUCCCAUCCUCAGCCUGUGGAACUUUGCUCGUAUCCCCUCGUCUGGCUGCGAGGACAAUUGAUACAUCCCACCACCCAUAGAAUUCAUUUUCUAUGGAGAUUUCUCCUCAUCAUGUCUGGGCCAGCGCUUUUUCCGGAUCGAAAAGAUGUUGAUCACUCCGAUCAGUUGGCUCCAUUGUAUUUUCUCGAUCGAAGCGAGCUGUGGGACACCGUCAAACCAUACAACUUCCAUUAUUUCCCCAAGGAGAAUUUCCCGCUGCACAACCUUCAGCGUUCGUCCCAUGUAACUCGAGUCAGAAGCAUGCGCCCUCUUGUCCCGACUCUGUCCCUCGAUGCCCAGGGAUUUGAGGUCCAUCGGCUGGAUACCAAGAUGAAGUAUGCGGAUUUCAAAGAUGAAGAGCGCAUACAAGCUACAUACUUCAGAGAGCUUGAGAAAUACUUCAAUGCAAAAUUGGGGGCGAAGAAAGUCCGAGCUUUGGACUUUCAGCUGAGGCAAAGAGAUCCUCAAUUCCCAUAUUUUGGCGGCAAGCCCCACCCAACACCUCAGCCAAGUUUGAUGGUACACGUCGAUGUAACGCUCGCGGCCACCAAGGCAAUCAUUCACGAACUAUAUGGGGAUUCUGCUGCUGCUCAGAUCACAAAGUCAAAAUUCCAAGUCAUUACUGUCUGGAGGCCCCUCGCAGUUCCCGUCAGGGACUGGCCUCUUGCCCUGUGCGAUGCAUCCAGUGUUGAUCAGGCCGACUUUGUGGACACGGAUGUGAUUUAUCCCAAUUACAUUGCGGAGAAUCGCAUGCUACAUUUCGAUGCAGAUCAGAAGUGGUACUGGUUGCCAGAUCAAACAGCGGAUGAGGUGCUUGUCUUCAAGGCUAUUGAUUCGGAUGAACUCCUCUCCUCCCCUUGCCCGCACGGCGCAUUUCCUCUCCCGGGACAAGACCAGGACACCAUGUCAAGAAGGGAGAGUAUAGAUGUUCGACUGCUCGUCAUGUACGCAGACAUGAUUUAUCCAGAGUCCAAGCCCUGGGCUAGUUAAAUAAGUGGAGAUAUGAUAAUUCCACUACUCCACUACACCGGGUAGACCAGCGUUUUUCUGUGGGGCUUUUGUGAGGGUUCGUUGGGAAGAGUCAGUUAGUGGUUACUGUAACUAUCCUGUUGGUAUGGUUAGUAUAAGAUACUGCUCUUUUCGAGCAAGCACCAGCUUUAAGCCAACCAGGUUGAAUCUUCAACAACCAUAUCACAAAGAAUAAUCCCUCUCCCAUUGAUUAUUGAUCUCCUUUUUAGGAUGUAUUGCUUCUAGUUGAUCCCAUAGUUGAUUUGUUUCUGAGUUAAAUCUAGGGAAGUGGUGGUGGCGAGACUGAUAAUAUACUAUAAAGAGACCCCAGCUGUCUCUCCAUCACAUGAACCUAUCCUGUGAUCCCACUGCGAAACGCUGCGAAACGCUGUGAUAUGAAGUUGAAGUUGAUCAAAGAAUCAGCAGAACAGUGCAAUAAACAGGCUUCAGCGGCAUUGACAACCAGAGUAUUGUUCAGCUGGUAAGGAGCAAGUCACAAGAAAAGAAGCCUAGUAGAGUACAGAUAGGGUUUGUAGAAUAAAGUUGAG